AUGGUCACUGUUUCUUAAAGAGAAGACGUCUGGUAACAGAUAAGCAUCAAGCUGUGGCGUCUCCCAAGGCCGCAGACAUGACCAGGAAGGUCUUCGCAGGCACCAGGGAGCAGUGGCGGCAGCAGCAGGUGAACGGCGCCUUUGCCAGGCUCAGAAAGCUCCUCCCCACGCACCCUCCAGACAAGAAGCUGAGCAAGAAUGAGACGCUCCGCCUGGCCAUGAGGUACAUCAACUUCUUGGUCAAGGUCUUGGGGGAGCAGAGCCUGCAGCAGACGGGGGCGGUGGCGCCGGGCAACCUCCUGGAACUCUUCCCCCAGGGACCCCGCCUGCCGGACAGGACUCCGCUCGGUGCCCACCAGGUCCCUUCCCCGGGCCCAAGCCACCACAUUCCGCAGCGUGGCUCUGGCUCAUCGCCUCGGGAAAUACUUGCUCAGAAGCCCGUGGCCGUCCACAGCCUUUAGCAUGUUGCAGGGUCAACUUGAUGAAUAAUCUGUGAGGCACGAAUAUAAGCUUCAUAGGCGGUGGCUCAGGGACAGUUGCCGGGAGCUGAAAGGAGGCCACGAAGAAGGUGGCUGUGGAGCCCAUCCCCCCUGAGGCUUCAGGCAAAGAGGCCUGCUUCUGUCUAUUUUAUGUAUCCAAGAUCUACAUGUUUGAAGAAAAGAAUAAUCAUAGUUAAAAAUGGGUUUGAAAAUCACUUUCACUCAACAUGUUUUCAGUUAUAAGGAAGAUGCAUUUCAGAUGAGUAGAAUAUCUUCCCUCCGAACGUAUUUUAAACUUUGUUUUGAAAAAUGUAGGAUGUUUGAUCAAGGGUGAACAAAACAAGCCUUCAGGUUGAUGAAUGUAAAGAUAGCCCUCGCAGAAAGGAAAUCCUGGAGCCUGUGGGAAAAUCUGUGGAGAAAAGACCCUCCUGACAUGGAAGGAUUACAGGAACGCAGCAGAUGCACGUGGAAGAGCCAUGCAUGCGUUAUCUCUGCAGAAAUGUGAGGCAUUGCCUGCCUUGAACAAUUCCUAUUACAUUAUCACAAAGCCAAAUGGUGGAUUCUAUCUGUGACAGGCAGGGACUCAAAUCAUUUAUGGAUUAGAGUUUCUAGUUUUCUCAUGGAAAACAGCUGCAAUAGGUUUUCUAAACCCUCAGUUUCACAUGUCAGGUGUCAAUACUUCUAAUUCGGCCUGAGUUCCUGCUGACUUAAGACCCGUAAAAUUCAAAUAUAAUUAUGAAAAUCCAAACAUUACCAUUUAACAGCUCAUUUAACAGAGAGCUUAGUUUAAACAAAAGAUUUAGAAUAGACAAUAGGGCUGUAAACCCAGCCUCUAAUGAAUUAAUGAAUUUGGAAUUUGUCUUUCCUGCUAAGGAGCUAAAUCUUAUGGUGGGAGGGGUGGUACCCACAGGUCAAUGGAACAGUUUGGAUCUGGCAUAACUCACCACCACUUGCCACCCUGAUGAUGCCUGGAUUCAGAGAUGAAUUCCAUAGCCAAGCCCAGAAUACAAAUAAUAUCGUUUGAUUGUCUCUGGGAUGUUUUAUUUCUCCAAAGUUAAUGAUGGUACAUUGGUUUUAAAACCUUCUGAACCACCAGUAGGAAAUUGAUGGAUUUGCAAUUAUGGAUUUCCAGUGUAUACACAAUAGAGGAAUUUAAAUUCCCCACCACUCUAGAAAGAAGAUACUUGAUUUAGGAAAGGUUGAAAUGAGCCUCUUUGGUAAUCAGAAGAAAGUUGGGUGAGGCUCCCUCAAAAUCUCAUUCCCCCAAAUAGAAGGCCAUUAUGUCAUUAUGUAGUGUGUUGUGUUUGUCAGAAACAAUGCAUUUCCUUCAGUGUCCUUUCUUUAAACUGCAUUCAGUCAGCUCCCCGGUGGACCCAGAAUAGUCACAUGGGGAAACACAUAAGCAUUCUUUCUCGCGAGCUUAGGUGGACUUAAGUGUGUCCCCAAACUACCAAAGCUUUGUUUACAGUUGUCAAUUGAGCAGUAUUACUUACUCUUUCAUCUGGCAUUAAAUCAAAACCACACUUUUGACAGUAUUUUUGUAUUAGCUUCCUGUUGCUGAGGACGGCACAGAGGCCCGAAUAUGGGAUUUUAUUGCCUUUCUCAGAAUGAGCGCACUUUCCUGCUGUUGAGGCCAUGGCUGUGUGUGCAGAGGGCCUUUCCACCGAAAUGUGACAGAGUGCUCCUAAAAGUCUCCAGGAGACUGAAUCAUCAUUAAACUCUGUGAGGGGGAUCAUUAUGUAAAGGAACCUUGCAGGAAAUCCCUUUGAUAGGAUGAAUAAACAUUUAACCUAUCGCUUUAAGUAAGACACCUCUUAGAUGAUUUCUUUUUCAGGCUCGCAUUUUGGUAUAUCAAGUUGCGUUGGGUGAAAAUGACUGUCAGAAGGAAUUGUAGGUAUAUGUGGACCAAAACCUUGGCAAGGUAUCCAUAAGACUGGAGGCUUCCAAUUCAAAAGUCACUCUGUAGUCUUCCUUGGUGUCCUAUACUUGGUGAUGGCAAUAGUAAGAUUUAUGGUUCAAACAUAUUGUAGUCCACCAAUGGUACAUCUCUUUAUGGAUCAUUUGAACCCACCAGAAGAGUUUAGACAGAUUCUAUAAUCUAUGCUAGUCUGUUACGUGAAAACAACUUUUUGGUCUGCUAUGGAUACACCACUAGAAACUGAGUAUAAACAAGUCCAUUUAUUUAUAUAGGUCAUUAGAUUGGCUAAUUCUACUUCUCAUGUGACAGAGGAGAAACCAGUCCAGAGGAUUUUGAAGUGACUUUGCAGAGGUCACACAGGCAGCUAGUGGAAACUCAGUGCCAGUCUCCUGACCCAGUGCCCAGCCUUUCUACAGCCUUGUUCGGUCACUGAGUAUUUUAGGAUUGCAAAUGGACCAGCACCUUAUGAUUAGGCUCGUCUCUUUCCAACAGUCCUCCGUAAUCUCCUAUGCCUUUUUAUUGAAAUUGAAUUAUUGUGCUUUGUAGAAUGUUAUUAGAAGUAUCAACCAAAGAUUUUAUCUGUUGUUUUGUGAUAUUUUUACCACUGAUUCUAAUUUGCUAUUUAACUAUUAAUUUAUUGAAA